ACUGACAAGGACAUUAACCGGAGACAGAAGAGACUCAUUCACUCGUUCACUCCGCAGCUCAGAAGAAGAUCCUCCUGUCAUCAUGUGUUCUUUAUGGGAAAGCCUGGAGGAUGAGAUGGAGAGGGAGGCCCCCUCGACCCAAUCAGAGGGAGCAUGCAUCAAGGACAAACUCGGGUUCAACGCAGAGGAAGAUGCCGAGGCCCUGAAGGGAGCCAUGAAGGGAUUUGGAACCAAAGAAAAUAUCCUGGUUGAAAUUUUGACCCAGAGGAGCAACAAACAGCGGCAGCUCAUCAGGGAAGCCUAUGAGAAGCUCACAGGCGAGACGUUGAUUCACGACCUGGAGAGUGAAACCCGCAGCAGCAUGGAGGACGUGCUGGUGGCACUGGUCUCCACUCCGGCAGAGUUCGACUGCCACGAAGUGAUGAGGGCAAUGAAAGGAGCUGGAUCCAAAGACUCCAUCCUGAUUGACAUCUUUGCAUCGAGAACCAACGCACAGAUCCGGGCUCUGAACGCCGUGUAUCUGAAAGAAACCGAGAACCUGUUGGUCCAGGACCUGAGGAAGGAAGUGUCCGGCGACUUCGGCAAAGCGCUGCUCCUCCUGAACGAGGCGAAAAGGGACGAGAGCACCAGCGUUGACCGUUCGAUGGCCCGAAAAGACGCUAAUGAUCUUCACGAAGCUUCGGAGAAGAAGUGGGGAACUGAUGAGUCCAAGUUCAUUGAAAUCCUGUGUGGGAGGAGCAUAAGUCAACUCAGACAAAUUUGUGUCGAAUACAAGAAGCUCAGCGAUAAAUCUCUGCAGGAGAGCAUCGAGUCCGAGAUGACUGGGGAGCUGGAGGAGCUGCUGGUGGCCAUCGUGAAAUGUGCGAAGUCCACUCCGGCCUACUUCGCAGAGGAGCUGCACAAGAGCAUGAAGGGCGGUGGAACCGAUGAGGCGACUCUGUGCCGCAUCAUGGUGAGCCGGUCGGAGAUCGACAUGCUGGACAUCAGAAAGAGUUUCAAGGAAUUCAGGGAGUACUCCCUGCUCUCGGCCCUCGACUCGGAUCUGUCCGGAGACUACGGCGAGUGCAUGAAGACGAUCUGCGGAGGAGACGACUGAAUCCAGAAGAAACUUUCUGAAGCUUCUGUCUUUUGUUUCUUCUCCUCUUCUGUGUGAUCAUGGAAAAAAAAACUUUAAGAAUAGUUUAAAAGGUGAAAAGAUCCAGUGAAAUGCUCGUGUGUGUGUCUGUAGUAAUGAGCUUCUGCUGAAAAUCCUCAUAAUACGACACAUUUCACUCGUCAAGUACUCAAAGUUUGUUUUCUAACUUUUAAACUAAUUCAUAAGGUGACUCAAAUUAUUAUCCAGUAUAUUAAUCAAUUAAUGGGAAUUUACUUGGGGCUUAUUGAUUAAGCAUUUAUUUACGAAACAGCUAAAUUCAUAUAUAGAUAUAUUUAAAAAAAAUUAUAUCUUUGGUGUUUUUGUUUUUGUUUAAUCGUCUCUGUUAAAGUUGAUCUGCUCAAACAGUUUCAACUUAAACUAAAUUAAGGAUUUAUACAUUAUAAAAAAUGUUUGAAUAAAAUAAGUGAAAUUAGUGAAUAUAAAGACAAAUUAAAAUGAAUUUAAAGAUGAAGAAUUGUAUGAAAACAAAGAUGUCAGCUGAACAUUGAACUGUUGUGAUGAACUGAUCUGUUUGUUUCCUGCUUCCUUCUCUUCCAACUUCAAUAAAUGAUAAAUCAAA